CGAGCAUGGGCAGCCGGAGCAACGGAGCAACCUGGAGCAACUUGGAGCAGCAGGCGUGAAGGGAAGGCAUGGUGCAGGAGUGGCAGAGCAGCGGACAGAGUGUGCCGGAGCAAUGGAGCAACCAGAGCAACUUAGAGCAGCAGGCGUGAAGGGAAGGCAUGGUGCAGGAGCGGCAGAGCAGCGGACACACUAUG